CAGUUUCUCUGAGCUAGUCUUAUAGUCCUUGCGAUAUUAAUAGGUAUCUGUGUGACCUUGGUCGUUUAACAACGAGAAGUCAUUUUUUGUAUCAUGUGAACGAAACACUUUUUGUCCGCACCAAACUGCAGGGACGCAGAGCAGUUGACGUAUUCGUUUUUGGUGAGCACACGCGCGCGUCUGCGCGCGCGCGCGGAAAUACACAUGCAAGCUGCGAAUGACCAGAGAGCUCGCUAAGAACGUAGCGUAGCCUGGAAACCAAAAACGUAACGAAACAGCGAGUUGUUUUCCUUCGACAUUUUUUUAAAGCUGGCCGGCUCGCUAGCUGACGGCAAACCAUGGACGACAAGUCAUUCACCAAGGAGUUGGACGGAUGGAUUGAACAACUGAAUGAGUGCAAACAGCUGAGUGAGAAUCAGGUCAAAGUCCUGUGUGAAAAGGCAAAGGAGAUCCUCACAAAGGAGUCCAACGUGCAGGAGGUGAGAUGUCCGGUGACCGUCUGCGGGGACGUCCAUGGUCAGUUUCAUGACCUGAUGGAGCUGUUUAAGAUCGGGGGGAAGUCCCCAGACACCAACUAUCUCUUCAUGGGAGACUAUGUUGACAGAGGCUACUAUUCUGUGGAGACAGUUUCUCUUCUGGUUUCUCUUAAGGUAAGGUUCCGUGAACGAAUCACAAUCCUCAGAGGGAACCACGAGAGCAGACAGAUCACACAGGUGUACGGCUUCUAUGACGAGUGCUUAAGGAAAUAUGGAAAUGCCAAUGUUUGGAAGUACUUCACAGAUCUGUUUGACUACCUGCCUCUUACUGCGCUGGUGGAUAACCAGAUCUUCUGCCUCCAUGGUGGAUUGUCCCCUUCAAUAGACACACUGGAACACAUCAGAGCGCUGGAUCGCUUGCAGGAGGUUCCUCAUGAGGGUCCAAUGUGUGACUUGUUAUGGUCCGACCCAGAUGACCGUGGCGGCUGGGGCAUCUCACCUCGUGGCGCUGGUUACACCUUCGGGCAGGACAUUUCCGAGACCUUCAACCAUGCCAACGGCCUAACUUUGGUCUCAAGAGCCCACCAGCUGGUGAUGGAGGGUUAUAAUUGGUGCCACGACCGCAACGUAGUGACGAUCUUCAGUGCACCGAACUAUUGUUAUCGUUGUGGAAACCAGGCAGCAAUCAUGGAACUUGAUGACACGUUGAAAUACUCCUUCCUACAGUUCGAUCCUGCGCCACGCAGAGGGGAGCCCCAUGUGACGCGGCGUACGCCAGACUACUUCCUGUAAAGAUCACUGGCGAGGAUGGCAAAAGGCUACACAGAGAAAAGAAGCAUUCUUAACUCAUGGACCAAAAAACAAAUAAAAUGUCUGCCAUAAUCACAAUGAAAUGGAAACUAUCACAUCUAGUUAAAGACCACCAUCCUUUCAACUUUUUCCUCUCUGUGCAUGAUGUUUUUAUUGCUAGAAAUGAUUGCUACUAUGAACAAUACGGUCACAAUACCUGCUGGUUCGUCAGGAGACAUGAAUGAACUGAUGCAGAGAAUAAGUAAUGUUUAAGCAAAGUAAUGUGUGUGUCGAUAAUGAGCAGAGUGUUUCCAUAUACAGUAUGUAAGCCGCAUCUAACACUUGGCAUGGCCUCAAAUCAAAGGUUGCAGUAAAUAUAAUGUCAACUCUUUCUUUUUGUAACUGAAGCGCAACAGUUUAUUUUGUGAAGUGAAAUGAUAGGGUUAGACGUCGGAAAUGAGUAUGUUCUCUUUGCACUUUUGUAUUUGAUUUUUAUCACAUGGCACUGACAGACUCUUCUUUUUUUAUACCCUGUUAUAGUGUAAGUAGCCCUCUUCCUGCCCUGCUGUCUCUUAUGGGAGUUAAUGUAAUUCAUUUAAGUAAGCAAUAUUGGUACCAAUUACAUCAGUUGUUUAAAAAAAACCACCACUAUACGAAAUAAAGACUGAAGUUGCUUCGUCAUGUACUUCA